AUGAUUGAGGUUGUAGAGACGGAGCUUUCGCAGAUGUCGAAAGGCUUCGCCAUCAUGGGCGGCUUUGUCGUCAUUUAUGGCUUGUUCAGCUACUUUGUACGAGAACGGCUGUAUAUUUCUGAACCGAUGUUAGCCGUCGCGAUUGGGGUUAUCGUUGGACCCCAUGUGCUUAACUGGGUUGAUCCCUUUUCAUGGGCCGAGCCGGAGACUGUGAAUGAGGUGACCUACCAGGUCUCGCGCAUUGUCAUUGCUGUUCAGGUGCUGUUCACAGGGAUUGCAUUGCCUGAAAAGUAUCUGUGGAAGCAAUGGAAAAGUUUAUCUGUCCUUCUCAUCCUCAUUAUGACGACGGCAUGGUUCGUGACGGCAUUGCUUGUAUGGGGUCUGAUCAAGGAUUUAACGUUCCUGGAAGCGCUUUGCAUUUCGUCGUGUGUGACACCCACCGACCCUGUACUGGCUAACUCUAUUACGUCGGGCCGAUUUGCAGAAGAGCAUGUCGAAGAGCAUGUGCGCCACAUCAUUCUCGCAGAGAGCGGUGCAAAUGAUGGCCUGGGCUUCCCGUUCCUUUUUAUGGCUGUACUGCUUCUCGCACGUACGCAUGUAGAUUCGGGCGAGUCGGUGGGCCAGGAAAUCUGGCGUUGGUUCUACGGUAUUAUUGUGUACGAUAUUCUGCUCUCGUGUGCGUAUGGCGCUCUGCUCGGCUACAUUGCACGCAAAGUGCUUCGCUGGGCGGCUACACACAAUCUGAUUGACAUGUCCAACUUUUUCAGCUACGGUUUUGGCCUUGCUCUGUUCACUGUGGGCACAGCGGGCCUGUUUGGGACGGACGAUAUUCUGGCGUGCUUUGUGGCAGGCAAUUCGUUUACAUGGGACGACUGGUUCCGCCUACGUCUGGAAGAAAACGAUUUCCAGGAAAUUAUCGAUAUGCUCUUGAAUGCAGCUGUGUUUAUGUACAUCGGUAUGAUUAUCCCAUGGCAAGACUACAGCAAUGAAGAGAUCGGUAUCAAUGGAUGGCGUAUUGUCUUGCUGGGCAUCGCUGUGAUCCUCUUGCGCCGUCCACCGUGGGUGAUGCUUAUGUACAAGAUCAUUCCUGUACUUAAAUCGUUCAACGAGAGCAUUUUUGUGGGCUGGUUUGGGCCGAUUGGCGUCGGAGCUGUGUACUACAUUGAAGUCGCGCUGCGUGCGGUGCCUGACGACCAUACACGUGAGCACUUGCGUCGUGUGAUCACGCCUGUGGUCCUUUUCUGUGUGUUCUCCUCCGUGUUGACGCACGGCGUGACGAUCCCUCUCAUCUACUUUGGGCCGCACGUCGUGCGUCAUACGCGCACAUUCACCAUGGCCUCCACACAAUCCGAAACGCGCCGUCCUCUCUCUAUCCUCACACGCAUCUUUUCACGCAACUCUGCCGACGUAGAAUUGAGAGAGAUGGACGAUUACCCUAAUGAGCCUCGGCCUCUGAAUACGCGCAUGCACCAUCAUAGCCCCUUCUCACGCUCGGAUCAUGGUGUGCAGCCCCCUGACUAUCAAAUGCAUCCACGCUUGCAUUCUCACCGUGCUUCGACACAGCUCGGUGAGGUCGACGAGAAAAAGCCACCUUCUCCACCUCCAGACUCUAUACCUGUUGCUAUGCCCUUACCACCUCCCGUGGUGGUGUGCCCCGCGCAUCUUCGGUAG